GAAUAGACGAUAGAAUUUAGGAGCUGAUUUUUGGACUAUUCGACUGCAACCCAUAUCUGAGUGCUUCUUUCGUUAACGAUUAAUGAUUUAGUUUCGAUUUGACCGGAAGCUGUCAGUGAAAGUUUUGAAUUUGAACCUUUAUAUAUACAGUCUAUGAUUUGAACGUUAGGCGGUUAAUGUAGGUGAAGAUGGCUCGACAUGCGGUUAUAUUCCUCUGUGCGUUUGGACUAUUUCAGAAAGGUCUGAGCGCUCUGGUAGAGACCCAGCACACUGUGAUGGCAGGAGUGGGAGAAGAGUCAUGCUUACAGUGUCAGCUCAUGCAAUCCAAGAAUGUUCUGCAAGUCACCUGGCAGAAAGUCCUCCCUGCGGGCGAUGGCGAGGAAAAUAUCGCUACUUACACCAGAAAGUUUGGUCGGACAGUGAAUCCUGGUUUUAAUGGAAGAGUGGAGUUUAAAACUGCUGGACUGCAGAACUGCUCCAUAAAUAUCAUGAACGUCACGGAGCGAGAUGAAGGAUGCUAUCGCUGUCUGUUUAACACCAUCCCUGAAGGUGCUUUCAUCGGGAUAACCUGCCUCCAGAUCUAUGAGCUGCACGGACCCUUUUUGCACGUCGUAGACUCGGUGGUCUCCUGCUCAGCUACAGGUCGACCUGCUCCCACGGUAACCCUGACUCUUCCUCACAACUCUACAUCUGUCGCCAAUAGCAACGGAACAUUCACUGUCACCGUGACAGCUCGUCUUCACAACAACAGCAGAGAGGUUGUAUGUGCCGCACAAGUUCUCUCGGCUCCUCAGAAAGAGGCGUCCAUGACGAUCUCUGAGGUUAACAUGUCGGCUAUUAAAGGUUCUAAAGAAGACUCCCGGCCUGAUAACAGUGGUGUUGCUUUGGCUCUGAUCAUUGUGUCUGUGGUACUCUUCUGUGUGUGUGUUGCUGUUGCAAUCAUCGCCUUCCUGUGUAGAAGAAGACAUCUGAAAAGUGGGUCGGAGAAGGACUCUGAGAGGACCAAGACACCUCAGAAAUCAACCAAAGACUCUCUUGAGACCUGCACACCGUUAAUGAUGGAAGAGAACGAGCUACGGCUACGAUGUUCUUCUGUGAAAAAAGAAAAACCUUCCGAGACAUCAAAUCUGAAAGUUAAAAAGAAUCUUUUUUCAUGAUCACAAACUAAAUCUCUCAGGACUGUAGAGCCACAACAGUUAUAUAGUCCUGAAACUAUAACUCAACAUGUCUGUUCCAGUUCAUAGGAAAAUAUCCAGCAAUCAGAAAGACUCAUGAACAGCCAUUUAGAUAUUUGUACUUAAUCUGUGACAUAAUGUGGACCUUUUUUUUGUACAUAUUUGUCUUCUUUUAUAUUUGUUUAUACUUUUUGUAUUUGUUUUAAUAUAAAAUGAUCUGAUAUUAGAUUAGAUAUACUUUAUUGAUCUCAAAUUGGAAUUUAUUUUGCAUGUAAUUGCAUUGCACAUGAAUUGACGUAUAGAGUACACAAUUUAAAAUAAAAAACACUGUAGAAGACUCACCUGCUACUACGACUACUAAAAACACAGAAUAUGUGCUUUACAAAAUGUGCAAUUAUCACAAUCUUGAAAUGAUUGGGUAUUUUUUCAAACUGAUUAUAUAUAUAAUGUUGUAAAAUAAAAUCUCAAAACUAAA